AUGGCGUUCAGUCUCUUCAUGGGUAUCGUAUUUGCCCUCUUGCAGCAUUUCCUUUACCGCUGGCUUCACCACAAGAGCAUCAUCGAUGAAGACAAGAAGUUCCGUUUUGUGCUAUAUGGUCGCGCUUUGGCCUAUUGUGCAAAGGUGGCAUUUGGCGGAUGUAUUGUUCUAGUUUACAGACAACGCAUCUGGAGGACAUUCCGCGACCGGGCUUUAUCAAUAAUCUCGAUCGACCAAUUCUUCGGCGCCACGGAGGAUCCUUCUAUUUUCGGUAACUGGGAAGCUGUUUCGAGCGCUCCCAUCGUCGUAACCAUCGCCAUGGUCAUCUGGCUUAUCCCUCUAGCAACGAUUAUAUUCUCGCCAGGCGCCCUUACUUUCGGGACCUACUUGGAAAGAGAGUCACUUGAGCUCAUGGUACCUACAAUCAAUUUCACUGCAGAGACAGACAAGAAUUGGCGCGUGCCUGCGAAGCUACCCGAUGGCUCCAACAGAAGGUCGACGAUGUUCUACAACACAACGGAUCGCGAUGCAUUAGCCCCUGGAAUGUUCGACUAUUACGACCAGCCUUCUGCGGAACUCACAAGGAUUGCGCUGUUGCUGGCGUACAACAACAUGGACCACCCGAACGUGAGGUCAAGAGCCCGUCAGGAUGCCUGUGGAGGCGCAUAUAAUUGUACUUACGAGCAUGUAUUCAUCGCGCCAGGCUAUCAGUGCACAGAGGUGGCAAACGGAAUCAACGAUAUCGGCACGCUGAAAGAGCUAGGAGCGCCAUUUGACAUGAGCGAACUUGUUCCCAUGGGUAGUGAAAUAUACCACGCAAACGUGGACCUUGGUGCGUACUCGCGGCCACAGAAUGCCGUGUUCAAAAAGGGUCCCGGUGGCUAUCCUGUUGGACCAAUUCCUGAUGACCUUGGUGUCUUCAAAUCCGAACCAGUGCUGUGGAUUGGCUGGUCUUACAACACCAGCCAGGUUCUAGCCCAGGACGAUCCCCUCACCACCAGUUGGACCCAUCACUAUCAACCUCAAAUCGCCCGUUGCGUCCAUAUGGAGACAGAAUACAAAGUAAAAUGGGACUACACAGAACCAGCCUUCAGUUCGACCGUAUCGCGCAGAUACAUCAAACCCAUCGUGGACACAAACAUCACACUUUUCGAGAAUGGCACGCAAAAUUUUGGCAUCGAGCCUCAACCUGUGGGGAAUCACGUUAGCCCACGUACAGACAUCUUCAAGUACAAGAAGACAGCUGCAUAUCACGCGCUAGGGGAGAGGUUAAGAGCAUUCCUCAGCGGACACGUUGACCUCGAGCCUCCUGUACCCGGACCAUCAUACGCCACGGUCUACUCCGACAUCACCAAAACACGACUCGUAAACAAAAGCAGUGAGCCAAAGCCAAAUCUUUCCGAGGAGAUUGAGAGAUUUUACGCAGACAUGGUGUUAUCCCUUUUAUCCGCGCCAGAAAUGCUUGUCUCCAGCAAGGAGAUGGUUAUGGUGAAUCGUUCGCGGUACCAGUCGUCGUUCGUCUACGUUCCGAAGCGCUUGUGGCAAUGCUACGCGCCUGUGAUAUUCAUCACGCUUCUCAUCCUCGCUUUUGGCGCAGUGACGAUCUGGCAAGACGGCGCCACUUUCUCGACGGGCUUUUCUCGUAUUCUUGUUACUACAAGGAACACUACGCUCGAUGAUAUUAGCCGUGGUGCCUGUCUCGGUAAUGACCCAUUCCCUAUGGAACUCAUGCAUACGCGGCUGAAAUUCGGUGCGCUCCAUGAACAUACAGAGGGUGGGUAUGUAGGUGGUGAGGGCGUGCAGGGCGUUGGACAUUGCGCGUUCGGCGUUGCGUCAGAGGUUGGUCCGCUUCGACGGGGCGUCGCAUAUGCUGGGCUGAAGAAGCGCCACAAGAGACACGGAGUUGAGGAUGCCUAUGAUGGAUGA